AAAUAAUUUGAGGAUGUCAAAAUGUAGUUAGGAAGAUGGUUCUAUGGCUGCCACCGUGAUGCGCCCUGCAUCUAUAUCAAACUCAGGAUCAAACAUGUCAAAUCCGGGCGGGAAGCGCUACAGGAUAGAGCGAACAUUGGGAGAAGGAACUUAUGGGAAAGUUAAACUUGCUUACGAUAACUACACUAGAGAAAAGGUAGCAAUAAAGAUCAUCAGAAAGGAGAAUGUUAAAACUAAAAAAGAUAUGGAGAGAGUCCGGAGAGAGAUCGAUAUACUGUCUGUGUUACGACAUCCGCACAUUAUAAAAGUUAUUGAUGUUGUGGAGACCCGUACAAAUAUAAUAAUAGUAAUGGAGUACGCUGUGAACGGGGAGCUUUUUGACUACAUAAACGAGAGACGGUAUUUAGACGAGUCGGAGAGUCGCAAGUAUUUCAGACAAAUUGUCAGCGCUGUGGACUACUGUCAUAAGAAUCUGAUUGUUCACAGAGAUUUGAAGCUAGAGAACUUACUACUGGAUAAAGACAUGAAUAUCAAGAUAAUAGACUUUGGUUUGAGUAAUCAGUACGCGCACGACUGUUUGCUGAACACGUUCUGUGGUUCCCCGCUGUACGCCUCUCCAGAGAUGAUUCAAGGAAAAGAGUACCGAGGACCCGAGGUCGAUUGUUGGAGUUUGGGAGUUGUGUUGUACACACUGCUCUGUGGUACCAUGCCAUUUGAUGACAGUGAUAUGAAGCAUUUAGUUGAGAGUAUAACAUCAGCUAGCUAUCCUCACCCUAAAGGACUUUCUAAAUCUGCACUGGACAUGAUAGCGCGACUACUACGAGCAAACCCGAAAAAGAGAGCCACGAUUGAAAACAUCCGACUCCACCCUUGGACUAACGAUGGUUACUCUAAACCACCGAUGCAGCAACCUUUAUCUAAUAUAAACCACAAGGACAGACGUCGUCUGAGUAGUAAAAUAUCGUGUCUUGCGGAGACUCCAAUCAAGGGUAUGACUCCUAGUAGUAGGACUAGAUCAGACUCUAGGCUGAACGAGAGAGGGUCUAUAUCUAUGAAACCCCGUACUCCGUCGUCCUCAAUGCCAAGGCCAUCCUCAACUAAAUCGAGUGAAUCGCCCACUCCUAAUCCUAAUGCUAAGCGGCGACUGGUUAUGGAACCUAGUAGUCCUCAGCCUUCAGCUAUGAAACCUGUUUCAGAAGAACCCGAGGUAGAGAGACCUAAAUCAGCAAGUGCUAUGUUAUCUAAAGUUCCUUCUAAACCACCGAGACCUAGUCGGUCCAAGUUGGAGCGAAUGGGUCAAAAAUCUGAUAAUAGAAGUGGCAGCGAGUCCGAUAGUCGGAAUGCUCUUACUCCAGAAUCAGCCCUAAAACGUAGCUCAAGUCACGGAAACAAAGUAAAACCCUCCUCUCCGGACGACAAAUUCAAGUUAACACCAGACCGUCGCACUUUGUCUGAAAACACAUCUUUAGCUCAGUUUAGUAGCGAUUACGAGCGGGAUAUAGAUAGCUUCAAGCCCCCUGAAAUCAAGGAUGCCGGGGAAAUAACUAUGAUUGACUCAGAGUCCAACAUGUUCGACGGGUUUGGUGGUAGUACUCGGAAUGUCUACUAUGAUCCGAACGUCAGGAAUAUCACAUUAGAGCUCAAAGAGCCGAGCAUUGUGAUUUCUCCUACGGAACCGAAGCAAGAUAACAGGACCCCGAUACCAGAGGAGUCCCCAGUCGCCCCAAAAACCACGCCAACUCCGACCAACCCUCCUCCACCUACCAAGAAGACAACCAAGAAACCUGUUGAGGGUAAAUCCUCCCUACCAAAGCGAGAUACCGGUCCCAGUGCCCGUUCAAAAGCUGCCAUCAACAAGACAGGUCUAGGGUCAAAGCGUCCCGUGGGAAGGCCAUCUGACAGUACGACACAACGAGGGAAAUCUGCUGGUACUACCCGGGAUAGACCAAGCUCCGUUAAGAACAGGACCCCUGUGAAGAGUAACACCAUCACUAACCCCAGCAGUACUCCUAGAUCCAGGAGAAACUCCGACAUCAUCACCGGGUCUCUGUCUAACUUGUCUAUAAAGAGCGAGACCGACAAGUCCUCCUCUUCCGAGACUGGAUCCAGGACCAGGAUAACUAGGAAUAUUUCCACUGCCCCCUCUCCUGCUAAAAAGAACCUGAAUAUCAAGAGCAGGGUAGACUGUCAUAGAUCCGGCAACCCGAAGAAGGCAACAAACACAAGCAGUGGAUCUGGCGAGAUUAUCAAAAAGAAUGACAAGGAAAAGGAAAAAGAAGGCGUCAAAUCUAAGAUUUCAGCAAUUAUCACCAACCGUACCUCGAAAACCGUAAAUAGGAAAUUAAGUGAUGCUUCUCUGGCUUCAGCGCCAAAUACACCAAGAUCGAAACGUGCCAAUAAAGUAACGAAAUGAAAAGAAACCCCUCUUAACAAAUUAGGAGAGAAGACGCCUAACAGGAACAGUAUGUUACCGAGGUAUAAAGGGUCGGGCACCACCCCAACUUCCACGCCCCACCGAGCCAGGUCUAACACUGAACCGGUCCAAAAACUUACCAACGACAUCAAGAAAAUGCCCUUCCGCUGAGCUGAAUUUGAAAAAUACUCUCAUUGAGGGAUGCUCUGAUUUAUAUCUGGUGAACCCAGUUUGGUUUUGUAUUAUGUGAUGAGAUCGGUGGAGACAAAAGAGUUUACGAAGUACCCUCCUAGUUACCACGAAACCACCGCGAAUACACACGGGGCCCGUCGUGUGAUGAUAUUACAUGUACAUAGUAUAAUAAAACUGAAUGUGAAAAUAACACGAAUCAUGUUGUCAUGGUGACUAACUCGUUACACUAUAGUUCACCACUUGACGUCCAGACGACCAAGUAUUUGGCGCGCAGCGAACUGAUUUUGUGCACUGCGGUUAUCUUUAACCGCGCCGAGUUACCGCGCGCUGGUACGCAGUGCAUUAAAUUUGUUGGUUUUGUGCCAAAUGAUUGGCACGGUAAUGAUGUUAGCUUUAAUCUAGUUCUUGUGGUUUUUGUGAACUAAUUUAAUGAUGUCCGAGUCUACUACAUGAAAUGAUGAUAUAUAACUUGAGCUAUUUAAACUGAAGGAUAAGAGAUAUUCUUCUGGGGUGUUUUAUAUUGUAAUUUUUAGAACAAUUAAUUCCAGUCUUGUGUGACUGUUGUAUGAUUUUUAUACAUUAAAUCUAAGAAUUUCUAGUCCAAGCUUCAAGUUCAA